UUUGCGAGUGAUAGAAGAGUUGGCGCACUGCGUGUGGAAUUUUCCCAGUCUGUGAAUCUUGAGGAAGUUGAGAAGAUGAACCCUGAAGUGAGAGAAGGCGGCCGAUAUGCUCCAAAAGACUGUAAAGCACUUCAGAAAGUAGCAGUUAUCAUACCAUUCAGGAACCGAGAGGAGCAUCUGAAGUACUGGCUGUAUUAUCUCCAUCCAAUCCUUCAAAGGCAACAGCUUGACUAUGGAAUAUAUGUCAUUAAUCAGGCUGGAGAAGAAACAUUUAAUCGUGCUAAACUUCUGAACAUAGGCUUCGAAGAAGCUUUGAAAGAAUAUGACUAUGAUUGCUUUGUAUUUAGUGACGUAGACCUAAUUCCAAUGGAUGACAGGAACAUCUACAAGUGUUACAGCCAGCCUCGGCACCUCUCUGUAUCGAUGGAUAAGUUUGGAUUCCGUUUACCGUACAAUCAGUAUUUUGGAGGUGUGUCUGCUCUAAGCAAGGAACAGUUUGUAAAAAUCAACGGAUUUCCUAAUGAUUACUGGGGCUGGGGUGGCGAAGAUGACGACAUUUAUAACAGGCUAGUUUUUAAAGGUAUGAGGAUAUCUCGCCCAGAUGCUGUCGUUGGGAAGUGCCGCAUGAUUCGCCAUUCAAGAGACCAAAAAAAUGAACCCAACCCACAGAGGUUUGACAGAAUUGCUCGCACGAGGGAGACAAUGAAUUCCGAUGGCUUAAAUACACUGUCAUACAAGUUAGUGAAAACUGAUAAAUACCCGCUAUAUACAAAAAUCACAGUGGAUGUUGGCUCACCCAAAAAGUAGCGUUGGAGAGGCAGAAGUGAAGACUUAGAAGCUUCCAGGGAUAUCUAAUCCACAGGAUUUUUAUAUGUACUGUUUUUACUACAGUCAGAAUGAACAAGAAAGGUUAAUUCAGCUAUGCAAAGUUUUUCCAAGUCUGCUGGAUGAGUGAGCCUUUUUAAUCCCAAACUUGACUUUACACAACUUUCUAGCUCUACAAUAUUUUUAUAAGUUUAAAAACUGUAAAUAAGAGUUGUAAAUAUUUACAUUGCCAGAAAAUGUUGUUUAUGUAUUUGCUGCAGUGCUCCCCACAAAUAGUUUAUUCAAAUGCUGUUGUUCAUAAACUAAUGAUGAAUCAGCGAUUAUUGCCAUAUUUUUCCCAUAUGCUAAAUUAGGUAGACAAGAAUACUGCUUUCAAUUAUUUGUUGUUGUUACUUUAUGAAGGACUGGAAAAUGCUGCUAAAAUUGUACAAGUUUACACAUUGUAUUCGAUUUUUUUUAAUGGACACAGUAUCACUUUUUCUUGUCUAACAUCAACCAAAACAAACAUUUUUUCUUUCCUUUUAUACAGAGUGAAUUUUGGAAAAAUUGACCAUACAAAAUGUGUAUUAGCUCCAUAUUUUAUUAUCUUAGAGUGGAGGCCGCAGUCCUCCAGUGAGCGCUAUACAGACAGGACAUUUAAGCUUGGUGGAGCUGCACAGGACAGUAUAAAUAUUAUGACUGGUGCAAGAAGUAAUGUCCCCAGGUGACCUUCCUUGACAGAUGUCUCAUAUAGAAUAUUAAGAUUUGUUCCCUUUUUAAGCACAGCAAAUUGAUUGAAAUUAUGGGCUGAAACUAUAACCUUUUUUAUUACAAUUUACCAAAAUGUUUACUUUUGUAAGAGCUUAUUACAUCAGUUAAAUAUUA